AUGGCAGCUCAACAAUCAGAUAAUGUUGCUCAUGCUCUAUCCGGUGCUGGUGGGGGCAUUCUUUCCAUGGCCCUUACCUAUCCUCUUAUUACGCUUUCCACGCGCGCACAAGUCGAAUCUAAACGCGCUGAUUCGGGAUUUCUUGAUGCUGUAAAGCGUAUCAUCGAGCGUGAAGGUAUUACAGGCCUUUAUGCUGGACUCGACUCAGCACUAUUUGGAAUCAGUGUGACAAAUUUUGUAUAUUACUACUGGUAUGAAUGGACUCGUUCGGGUUUCGAGAAGGCGGCACUCGAGGCCGGCCGAGCUUCAAAAAAACUUACAACAAUCGAAUCGAUGAUCGCGGGAGCAAUCGCAGGCUCAGCAACAGUCUUGCUCACAAAUCCUAUUUGGGUAGUCAAUACACGAAUGACUACACGAAAGAGAAACAAGGAGACGGGUGAGGGCUUUCUACCUGGCGCAAAGGCACCUACAACAGUCGGCACAUUGCUUGCACUCAUUAAAGAAGAAGGCCCACAAGCGCUUUUCUCUGGAGUCGUGCCUGCGUUGGUGCUUGUUAUCAACCCUAUAUUACAAUAUACGAUUUUUGAGCAGUUAAAGAAUGCAAUCGAGAAGAAGAAGAGAAUCACCCCAACAAUGGCAUUCCUUCUAGGCGCAUUAGGAAAGCUGUUCGCUACUUCAAUCACAUACCCUUAUAUCACAGUAAAGAGUCGCAUGCACGUUGCCGGGAGAGAUGGGGGAAAGGAAAGUAUGAUUCAAGGAAUGAGACGUAUUUUGAAGGAAGAGGGCUACGCUGGAUUCUAUAAAGGAAUUGCACCCAAAGUCUCACAAAGUGUCAUGACUGCUGCAUUUUUGUUUGCCUUCAAGGACGUUUUGUAUGAACAAACCAUUAGGCUAAGAAGAAACCUUCCUGCUAAAGUGGCCGUGAAGUAA